AUGACGAUAGUCCCACUGUUAUUGCUACACGGAUUCCCUGGAUCAGUCGUAGAGUUCUUCAAAUCCAUUCCAUUACUGACUUCUGUUUCAAAAGACAGAGAUUUUGCUGUCGAGGUCAUAGUUCCAAGUUUACCUGGCUUUGGAUUUUCUGAAAGUGCUAUUCGUCCAGGAUUGGGUGCAACAGAAAUGGGAGUGGUAUUGCGAAAUUUGAUGCACAGACUUGGCUUCGAAAAGUUUUACGUCCAUGGCGGGGACUAUGGUGCUUACGUGGGGUUCAGUAUCGCCAAUUUAUAUCCCAAGGAAACUUUAGGAUACCAUACAAACUUGGCUUUAUCAAUGAACAUUAAGUCAGCGGCGUUAUGGGUGCUCGGUUCUAUAAGUCCAUCAUGGGUUAUGAGUCCAGUAGUUGUGGAUAGAGCGUAUCCAAUUUUGGAGUACCUAAUUUGGGUGAUGCAAGAGUCGGGGUAUUUUCACGUACAGGCUUCGAAGCCUGAUACUAUUGGAGUAGCUGUAUCAGAUUCUCCUGCUGGUCUUCUGGCCUACGUACUACAGUUAUUUUCUAGUGGCAGCCGGAGGAAAUACUUACAGCGAACUGACGGUGGUUUGGAUGAUCUGUACAGUCGUGAUGAACUCCUGGAUAACCUGAUGAUGUAUUGGGUACCAAAUAGUUUUGCAACAUCUUGCAGAAUUUAUGCUGAAACGGUGAAUGUUAGAAUGUUCAAAUUAGGCAUUCUGAGUGAGCCCACGCCAGUCCCAACAUGGACUAUCCAUGCCAAGGACGAAAUUUUCUACCAAUCUCCCAUCAUGCUGAAGGUCAAAUAUCCGAAUUUGCUGCACUCCACUGUGCUGCCUAGUGGUGGACACUUCCUGGCUUUGGAGGACCCGGAGAUAUUUAGUGAAGAUGUGUUGAAGGCGUUGGCUACAUUCAGAGCAUGGCAUAAUAAACAAAAUCCUUAA